GCUCGCAGCGGGGACGGAGGCAAAUUCGGCUGCCCGUGCCGCCUUCCUGGAAUUGCCGGGGACGUGCAGGAGGUGGGAAACGUUUCGAGAGGAGAGGUCUAUUCUCCCCGGCGGGAUCAUGACUUGGGGGUUUCGGUACAGCCUCUUUCUGCUCCUGUGCCUCGCGGCAUGCCAGGAGGCGCGGGCUGCCCAGCGGCUCCGGGCCGCCAUCCGCCAGAUGCAGCAGCUGCUGAAGGGGCAGGAGACGCGCUUCGCCGAGGGCAUCCGCAUGAUGAAGAGCCGGCUGACCACGCUGCAGAACGCCGUGACCAAAGCUGCCCUGGACCCAGCUGCUGUGUCCUGCCCUGCCCUACAAGCUCCCGUGGAUGGACAGAAGUUUGGUACGAAGUAUUUGGUGGAUCAUGAAAUCCACUUCACCUGCAACCCGGGCUUUGAGCUCCUGGGUUCCAGCACACGGAUGUGCCAGGCAAACGGCAGCUGGACUGGAGAGGAACCUCAAUGCAAAGGUAUCAGCAAGUGCUCUAGUCACCCAUGCCAGAAUGGCGGGACAUGUGUGGAAGGGCUGGACCACUACGAGUGCCUCUGCCCACAGGAGUGGACUGGAGCGAACUGCCAGUACCAAACGCAGACGGCGCCCCCGACCCAGAGCGUCACCAACGACCCCGCCUUCAGCCGCAAGCCCCGGUGCGCCAAGACCGACCGGACCCAGCACUGCAGCUGCGAGGCGGGUUUCCACAUGAGCGGCACGGUGGACAACGGCAUGUGCCAGGACAUCGACGAGUGCGAGGUCUACAAGCUGGAGGGGGCCCCUCGCCUCUGCAUGCACGCCUGCAUCAACGUCCCCGGCUCCUAUCGCUGCGCCUGCCCUCGCGGCUACAACCUCCUCGGCGAUGGGAAAAGCUGCGAAGACAUCGAUGAAUGCGCUCUGUCCCAGCAUAACUGCACAGGGGGGACCACGUGCAUCAACACGGGAGGGGGCUUUCAGUGCGUCAGCUCCGAGUGCCCCCAGUCCAGGGGCAACGUCAGCUACGUGAAAACAUCGCCCUUCCAGUGUGAACGCAACCCCUGCCCAAUGGACAGCAGAGCCUGCCACCACGCACCCAAAACCAUCUCUUUCCACUACCUCCCCCUGCCGUCCAACCUGAUAACUCCCACCCCUCUCUUCCGCAUGGCGACUGCCUCUGCCCCCGGCCGGCCGGGGCCAGACAGCCUGCGCUUUGGGAUCGUGGGAGGCAACAACAGAGGGCACUUCGUGAUGCAGCGGUCAGACAGGCAGACCGGCGAGCUGAUCCUCGUGCAAAGCCUGAAGGGCCCCCAGACAAUAGAAGUGGACGUGGACAUGUCUGAGUACCUGGACCGUGCUUUCCAGGCAAAGCACGUGUCCAAAAUCACAGUCUUUGUGUCUGCCUAUGAGUUCUAGACCAGGCAGCGGGUGCCAGCCUGAAAGCCAGUGGCUCCCGGCUGGCUCUGCCCAUCCACCAUCCCCUCCCAGCACUCGUGACAAUGAAAUGGACUGCUUUCAUCACCCGAUAACCACCUGUGCCCUGGGACAGCACCUGCAAACAGUGAGAGGCUACAGCACUGUAACCACACAGAGAAGAAUAACCUUCAAAGCCCAGACCAAAGAGAUGAGGGUUCCCAAGGCGAUUCUGCCGUUUGGACAAUCUCAUAAGCCUAUCCUUUCUCCUAAUGAUGUUCUCUUUUCAGCAUCUUCUGCAGCUCUCACAGCCAAAAGGGCUAACCCUGGAAGCAGAUGUGUAACAGGGAAGCUCCAGAUGGUAGCACAUGCAGAAGCCUGUCUGCAGUUAACCGUCUUCUCCUCUGGGUUAAGGUUGUUUUGUCUGAGUCUCCAGGCUGGUUUUACGCCCACAUACAUGAAAAACAGCGAAUGAAGUGCAAAAAAAAAUCAUGUGCUCUCCAACAGCAAGCAGCUGUUCCACUGCGGGAACCUGGCGAACCCUGGGGUGGGAAUAGCAAUGGGCUAUCCGCUUACUGGGACACAAGAGAAAUAUGUACUCACCAGAGGAAGUGUACCACGUGGCCUGUGCCAAGCAGGAUUUUAUUCUCUUCCAAGGCUCACAGAGGUGUCCCGUAGCCUUUGUGCCUUCAUAGUGCAGAAAACAGUGGACGGAAAUUAGGGCCCUUAUGUUCUUUUAGUACUUCCUUCUGAAAAGCAGUUUAGUUGGUGCAGGCAAGAGGAGAAAGGAGAUAGCACAGUAGAGCUCAGUCCUAGUGGCUACUACUCUUCAUCAAGCUGGCCCAGGCUUGUUCGUACUGACCACAGCCUAACAAAAGCAUGACUAUGCUUCCAUUCAAACACUGAAAAAACCUGCAUCAGCCUAUGGGGUGUUCCAGGUGCUUCAACAAAGUGAGGUGGUUCAGUUUCCCCUAGAAUAGACCCGGACUGCAACAAUCCCCAUCUGGUCUUACAGCCCACAGCUAAGAUCUCAGCAUUGCAUAGUGCUCAGGACACUGGAGAUGGUACCCAGUGAGCCGUAAGACAAAAUGCUGACAGAAUGUGUUUAGUAUAAAGCAUAUUGCACUUGUAGCCCUCAACGCAUAUAACAAACUCAAGAGGUCAAAAUCCAUUCCAGCCUUUGCUCACAGACUAUUUUUUAAACAGCAGUUUUGGAGUGAAACUGCAAAAAAAUUUAGUUGUUUUCAUGCCAUGGAUAGAGGGAAGCGUGUGUUAUCUUACAGCUCUUGAAACAAAUCCUUUUUUUUGUUUUUUAAAUAAAAUCAAGGCAUAACUUUGGGGGUCAGUUAUCCUGAGGAGUCACUGGAGAUGCAUGGGGAGGACUUUAUCUGGUGGAUUUGUACAGAAAUAGCUGGUGAGAAGUUGCACUUCUUAACUCCUCUUUCAUCAUGAUGGUCCAUGACCUUAUCGUGCCUAUGAUAAUACAUCUUACAAUGCACCUAACUGGCUCUUGGUACAGUCUUCAGCAAGAGGGACACCACUGUCAGGCAAAGAAGGGACUCCCAGACAGUCUGGACUUGAGUGAGCAGUUGAUAUAACCACAUGUGAGAAACUGUGGAACUGGAAAAAGUAGUAAUUGGUGAAAGCAUUGUGAGGACCUAGGGAGACAGAGCAGUGAGUAACACUGAGAAGGAUCAGUUGCAAGAAGGUGGCCUCCCAACCCCUUCACGCUCUCCAGCCUGUGGGACCGAGUCCUGACUGAUUUUUGGUGCAUUGUGAGCAUGCCACACACAGGAAGAGAAGAGCAAAUGUUACCUGACUGUCAGGAACGGGGGGGACUCCCCGGAGCUGCUCCCAGUUGCGUGUUGUUUGGCCAAGCUGGAUUUAAGAGGUGCGUCUCCUCUCCUAGAUACUCAUCUAUAACUUAACAUAGAUUUGCCCCUCCUACCCUGAUCCUGCUGGGAAAGACCGUGGGAAGACCGUGAAUAUCUGGCAAACGCUGCUGCCCUGGAAGAAAGAAAAACUUGAAUGUCUUGAAGUUGCCACCCGGGAAGGACACCAUCUUCCUGAGUUCAGGGACUUCUCUGAGCUCCUAAAAGCCAAUGGUGGAACUGGGCCUUUGUGGCAUGGCCACAAAUUCCCUUUGCUUGUUAAAAGACGACAUCUGGCUAGUUACUGCGUGGAGGCUGUCUGUACUCAAUAGCAUAUGAGCGAUGGGAUUUACUGCGGAUGUUAUAUGUCUCUGAUCCUUCUAGUAACAUUGUCCCCUCCUUAAUCAGGCCAUAUAUUAAGGACACUAAACGAUUCAGCUGUUUCUGGCUUUCAGAGCUGCCCAGCCUUUCUAGUCUGAUCCAGAAGGGGAGAGGUGCAAGAAGCAAACUGCAUGUUCUCUGGGAAUUGCAUACGUCUGCACUAAACCCCAUGUGUCUACUCACCCCACCUAACCUCUAACAACCAGGUUUGGUGUGCCCUCAGCCAGCAAAGAGUGGCCAAGGAUGCCAGGACCGGAAAGCACCAGUUCAAUAGGUGCUCUGUGCAGCGGAGAGCCUUUUGUCUCGGUGCUUUUGGAAGUGGUUGACCUGAGCGCUGUUCUCACCCCAAAGCCAUAUGCAAGCGGACAGCACAAUGUGCUGGUCUCCUUCAAGUGACUUAAGCAGCUCCUGCCCCAUGAAGUAGUUGGCCGUGAUGCCAAGCACUGCAGGACGGCCCAGUCUUCCCCUGAGUUUCCUUUGCACAGCAAUGGGGUAAGAGCUGGGCUACGGCCGCUUCCCAUGUCUCAGCUGAAGGGCAGCAGCUCCUUAAACCUCUUGAAUGCGGUCACACACAUUCAUCCACCCAAGAUCGCAGGGAAGGCCUCCGUAAGGUUGUAUAAAUGUGCCAUGCAGUAAGCAGAGGGGCGCUAUUUUAGCUGCGUUUGGUACUCACGUUGAGGAAACUCAAGGUGUGAAUAUUUCACUUUUAAUAAACCACUGCCUCCACUGUCAGUUACGUUUAAGCAGCUCUAGGAAGUAAUAGCUCAGAUUCAGCAGUUCAGCUUCUGUUCUUUGCAUGUGUGGAUAUAACAACACAUGCACGCGGGGAGGCACCUCUGUCUAUCACCCCUUGCAUCCUUAGGUACCCAUUCCUCAAGUGCAGAGCUUGUGCAUGUUAACCACAAAACCACAACGUUAUGCAUGUUUCUUUACUAUGAUGGUUUUAAUACAAUUAAAUGAUAUAGUCUUUCAGCAGGUGCAGAACAGAAUAAAGUACUUCACGCAUC